AUGUCAACUUCGAAACGGACGAAACGUUUGAAACGUUUGCAUCGGGAGAGCUCCGCAAACUCCGGCUGGCCCGCCGAAGAAAUGCGAAUGACCUGGCAAGUUUACAUGGCCACUGCAGGUAAUCAUCUAAAAAGCAUGGUCAAUCCUCCAGAGUCAGAUCGUAGCCGGAGUGCUCGAUGGUUGGUUCCCUUUUGUUUGGUCUCCAUUCCUCUCUGGGUGAGUCUUGUCAACAAGACUGUCCCCGAACCCUACCUCGACGAAGUCUUCCAUGUCCCCCAAGCACAAGCAUACUGGUCGCAUAAUUGGAUGCAGUGGGAUCCAAAGCUCACAACACCACCAGGCCUGUAUUUGUGCUCAUACAUCAUCUUCACUAUUGUGCUGCUGCUUCGCGGGUCCCCGACAAAGCUCAGUCCGGAUGUCCUGCGUAUGACGAACGUUGGUGCGACAACAGUUGUUUUCCCAUGGAGACUGCAGAAGCUGCUUGAUACCUUACAGAGAGCGGAAAAUACUCGGCCGCUGGGAGCGAACGUGUCCCAUACCGUGCUGAACAUAUGCUUGUUCCCCCCGCUGUUCUUCUUCUCGGGUCUGUAUUACACAGAUGUUCUUGCAUUGCUGGUUGUCGUGGAGGCGUACAAUUGGGACUUGAAGAGAGAUUCAGAGAGAGAUCAGAAAAGCGAGUCAGGCGAAGGUGCGAAAAAAGCGCCUAGCAAUAGAAUCCUGGACACAUUGGGAUUCUUGGCUUUCGCGCUGGCUGCACUGGUCUUCCGCCAGACCAAUAUCUUCUGGGUCUCAGUUUUCCUAGGUGGACUUCAGGUGGUCCGCAAGAUUCGAAAGUCUACCAAGCCCUGCGAGUCAUCCGAAUUGUCAACUAUCGUGAAGCAAGGUCAGCAGAAUGAGGUGUAUGAUCCUCUUGUUUCGGAAGCUUCUUUGGAAGAUUAUCUGAAGACCGCUAUCUCACUUACAACUGUCGGCUUGAAGCAGCCUUUCUCUCUCCUUGUUUCUCUCAUUCCUCAUAUCAUCGUCCUUGCUGCCUUUGGUGCAUUUGUCGUUUGGAACAACGGAGUAGUGUUAGGUCACAAGGAGUUCCAUACCGCAGGUAUCCACCUAGCUCAGAUGCUCUACAUCUGGCCGUAUUUCACUUUCUUCUCAUGGCCUCUUUUUGUCAUUCCUCUGACUAACAUUCUCGCCCUCAAGCCACUCCCCGUCUAUCUAAACCUAGGCUUCCCGCCGAAACAGAGGAAAUAUCCAAAGCUCAAGGCAGCUCUGAUUGUGAUACCGCUUAUGCUUGCCGUGGUCCACUUCAACACCAUUGUGCACCCGUUUACACUUGCCGAUAACCGACACUAUGUGUUCUACGUGUUCCGCAUUCUUCUGCUACACCCAGCAGUCAAGUACGCUGCAGUCCCAGUCUAUUUCCUCUGUGGAUGGAUGGUGAUCUCCGCAUUUGGAUUUACCACCAUCCAACGCCCGCCCAAAACCCUGCGAAUUCGCAAAUCUCCCCAGGCUGAAUCUCCGGCUCCGGCUCCAGCAGCCCAAGAGCCCAAACCCACUGCGCGCAAGCCUGCACCCGCGCACCAACAGCCGCCGAAGGGGACGAGGAAGCCCAAUCGGUCCAACAACAAGAAGGCCAAUAAGCCUGAGCCACCAGCAGAGACCAAGAAGAAUCCACCUGCAGAGGCCGAGAAGAAUCCGCCAGCUGAGCUCAAUCAUUAUGUACCACCGGCAGAUAUUACGGAUCCAAAAGACCCUGCGAUCGUGGCUAGAGUUCAGCAACACAUCCUCAGGCGGCAGAGAGAAUUGCUGGAGGCACCGCGCGUUAGCUUCGUUCUUGUUUGGCUGGCCGCCACCUCCCUGUCACUCAUCACAGCACCUCUCGUUGAACCCCGCUACUUUAUCAUCCCAUGGGUUAUGUGGCGUGUGCAUCUUCCUCCUCUGCCAUGUCUGUUCAGGGACCGAGAGACCCGCCCCCGCACAGAGGAGGCUAAGCGCCGUGCUGACUUCAUUAUUAACCUGCCAAAGUUCGUGGAGACAGCUUGGUUCUUGAUCAUUAAUUUGAUCACUGGUUAUGUCUUCCUGUACAAGGGCUUUGAGUGGCCGCAGGAGCCUGGCAAGACCCAGCGCUUCAUGUGGUGA